AUGGGCUAUCUGUCAGAUGGUUCUCCGCCAGAGAACUUGACUGAACAGCAAUGUGCCCCCGGAGAGCACCAUGCCACUCCCAAAAUCGCAAACGGGGAUGCAGAAGACAUUGUCUUGGCCUCAGACCGAAUAGGCCAGGCGACUGUAAUUAAAGAUGAAAGCGAAAAAAUGGCAGAGCCCCAACAAGCUGCCUCUCUGGGCAACUACUUUAGAGUCCUAUCUUACACCAACGGCAAGGAUCGCAUCAUACUCGCGAUGGCCUUAUUGUGCUCCAUUGGAUCUGGUGUGCCGCUGCCCCUCAUGAAUAUAGUAUUUGGUAGUAUGGUUGGUGAAUUCAACGGAUACUUUACUCCUAACACAGCAGUCACGGAAGCACAAUUCAAAUCAACCGUAAGUAAAUUGAGCUUAUAUAUCGUUUACCUCUUUAUCGCAAAGUUCGCCUUAACAUAUAUCUCAAUGUUCUGUUUCCGCGUCAUCGGGCUUCGGGUCUCAGCUGCCUUACGACUGGAAUACACGCAGUCACUUUUCGCUCAGCCGAUUACUACCCUCGAUCAAGUGUCAGUGGGCACAGUCACGAAUACCAUCACGACCCUGUCCAAUUCGAUCCAGCAGAGUAUUUCCGAUAAGCUUGCUAUCCUGUUCCAAUCGCUAGCCGUAGUAUUCACCGCAUAUAUCAUCGCCUUCAAAUUUUCAUGGGCUUUGACUCUCGUUACCAGUGCCGCCCUUCUCUUUAUUCUCAUUGCCUGUAGCGUGACGGUUCCCCUUAUCACUAAAGUCCAACAAAAGAUCGACAAUGCCGAUGAAAAGCACUCGUCAAUAGCAGCCGAAGUCUUCAGUUCGAUUCGGACCGUUGUUUCCCUCGGAGCUGAGGAAUCUCUCUCAAAGAAAUAUGCCGCCUGGAUUAAAGAAGCACAGAGACGAGGACAAGGCAUGUCCAUUCUCAUGGGAGCUCAAUUUGCCCUCAUGUUCUUCGCCAUGUAUUCGAGCUUCUCUCUGGCGUUCUGGUUUGGACUGAAGCUAUACAGGGAAGGCCACAUUGACAAUAUCAACACGGUCAUCACUGUAUUUUUCUCGGUCAUGAUUGCAGUGACUGUUUUGGGGAACAUUGCAACCCCCUUGAUCUUGGUCUCUAAGGCCGCCAGCGCUGCAGGGUCGUUUUUCAAGAUGAUAGACUCCGAAAAGGUUACGCUUGGCGGUCUUCGUGAUCCUGACGCUUCAGCCCAAGAAGACAUUGUCUUUCAAGAUGUGCAAUUUACGUAUCCUGCGCGACCAGAUACUGCAAUUCUCAAAGGGUUGAACGCUCGAUUCGAAAAGGGCAAGACCACUGCACUGGUUGGUCCAUCAGGUUCUGGUAAGAGCACAAUUGUGGCACUAGUAGAACGCUGGUAUCAGCUUGGAGCGGGCGAAGAGGACUGUAAUCGAGGGACCAUCUCCGUCGGCAAACACAACAUCAAUGACUUGGACCUCAAGUGGUGGAGAUCACAGGUCGGGCUUGUUCAACAAGAACCCUUCCUUUUCAACGACACAAUUUUCAACAAUGUUUCUUUCGGCCUCACCGGAACGAAAUGGGAAAAGGAAGCAGAUGAGGUAAAGAAAGAGAUGGUGAAAAAUGCCUGUCGAGAGGCUUUCGCAGAGGAAUUUAUUAAUCGACUACCAGAGGGUUAUGCGACCGUUGUGGGCGAAAAUGGCACGAAGUUAAGUGGCGGCCAAAGGCAACGUCUUGCUAUCGCCCGAAGCAUAGUAAAGGAGCCCACCAUUCUGAUUCUGGAUGAAGCGACAAGUGCAAUUGAUGUUCGCGGUGAGAAAAUUGUGCAAGCAGCCCUUGAUCGAGUUUCAAAGAAUCGUACUACUAUUAUGAUUGCUCACCGGCUAUCUACUAUUCGACGAGCAGAUCAAAUUGUCGUUCUGAAAGGCGGCAUCAAUGUGGAGCAGGGAACACACGAAGAGCUCCUAGAAAAUGAUACUGGAUUGUAUUAUGGUCUUGUGCAUGCUCAAAAGCUUGAGCUUCUGGCAGAAGGUGACUCUGAUAGAAGUGAAAUUACGCAUGAGUUGGAAGAGGUCAAGUUGGCCCAUUUUGCUCUGAAUGAGCAACCACAGGCUGAAGAGCCAAACAAAGCAGAUAAACGCCGAGGCUUUUUCAGUAGUAUUGGUCUCAUCCUUUACGAGCAACGUGCUUAUUGGCCAUUUUACCUGUUGACUGUGAUCAGUGCAGUUGGCGCGGGUGCGGCGUUUCCACUUCAGAGCUGGCUUUUUGCAAAGCUUAUCAAUGUGUUUCAAUAUACCGGCCAAGAGCUUGUUGAUGCCGCCAACUUUUGGGCCUUGAUGUUCUUCAUUCUAGCCCUCGCGGUCGCUCUUUGCUACUGUAUUGUGGGAUACUCCGCCAACUCUCUCUCAGUGAGGAUCUCUUCAUCCUGCCGAAACGAGUACUUUCAGAGCAUAUUAGGGAAGCCCAUAGCGUUCUAUGAUCAGCAUGAGAAUGCCUCUGGUUCUCUGGUUUCUCGACUUUCAACAGACCCGAAGCAGGUCCAAGAUUUAGUCGGCCUGAACGGUGUCUUUCCUGUUAUCUCUAUAUUUAGCAUGAUUGGCUGUAUUGCAAUCGCCUUCUCAUUCGGUUGGAAACUCAGCCUCGUUGCUGUAUUCGCUGCCCUGCCGUGUACCUUUCUGGCUGCCUUCAUGCGCAUCAGAUAUGAACUACAGUUCGAAGCAAUGAACGCAGAAGUAUAUUCUGGUAGCUCGCAGUUUGCAGCAGAGGCUAUAGAAGCCUUUCGAACAGUAUCGGCAUUAACAAUGGAGGACGCGAUCGUUAACCGUUAUGAAAAUCUAUUGCGACAGCAGCAAAACAAGGCAUUUCGAAAAGCCUGGUACGCAACAUUGAUAUUUGCUUUCUCUGAUAGUGUUGAAUUGUGCGCUAUGGCGCUCACCUUCUGGUACGGCGGCCAACUGCUCGCAUCUAGGGAGUACCAGCCGACUUCGUUUUUCGUUAUUUACAUGGCCAUCAUACAGGGAGGGCAAUCAGCGGGUCAAUUCUUCAGCUUUGGACCGAAUAUCGCGCAAGCCACGGCAUCCGCUAACCGGAUAUUGAACCUACGACCGAGCUCAGGCGCAAAGGGUAAACCGAAUAUCGAAGAGAAACAACCCGCCCUGUCGUCUUCCCAAUCCGGAGCUAGUGUGAAGUUCUCUGACGUUGCAUUCAAAUACUCGUCCCAAGAUGUUCCUCUUUUUACCGGGCUUAAUGUUAACAUUGAGUGUGGGCAGUUCGUUGCCUUCGUUGGACCAUCCGGCUGUGGAAAGACAACUGUAAUAUCGCUAUUAGAAAGAUUUUACGAUCCAUUUCAUGGAGCGAUCUACCUUAACGGCCAAGAUAUUCGCUCCAUGGAAAAACCGUCGUACCGCAGAGCAUUAUCUCUAGUGGCCCAAGAGCCAAGGCUCUUUGAAGGCACUAUUCGGGAGAACAUCACUCUCGGUCUGGACAAGUCGGACUUCACCGAGGAUGAGGUGAUCCAAGCAUGCAAGAAUGCUGAGAUCCAUGACUUUAUCACAUCUCUACCUGAGGGUUAUUCCACCCAGCUCGGCAUCAAAGCGCAGACAGCUUUUAGCGGAGGUCAACGGCAGCGAUUAUGCAUUGCGCGCGCAUUGUUACGAAAACCAGCUUUACUUCUUCUAGAUGAAGCGACCUCCAGUCUAGACUCGCAAUCAGAGAAAGUAGUACAGGCAGCCCUUGAACGACUAGCGAGCAAAAGGAGCAUGACUAUUGUCGCCGUCGCACACCGACUCGCUACUAUUCAGAAGGCUGAUACAAUCUUUGUGUUCGGCGAAAGCAAGGCAGGUCAUGGAUCUCGAGUCGUUGAGCAGGGAACACACCAGGAAUUGCUUCGCACAAAGGGAAUUUACUGGCAGAUGGUUAGUAUUUAUGCUCUACUUCUGUAA